UCUAGAUUCGUCCAUAAAUUCAGGUGUUCUUGGCUCCUUGGUUGUCAUGAUUUAGUCUUACCAAUAGUAAUUAAAAAAGUUUCACUAUGCACGCAAGAACAUCUAGUUAUGCGUCGAUCACGGACUUCUUUCUUCCUAGUAAACCCAAAGGGCUAAGGUCAAGGGACCUGAGCACAACUAGGUUGAAUUUGUUGAAACAGGAGAUACAAACGGAUGCACAUCUCAUUCCCCUCAAGGAAUUUUACAUCCGUUACACGACUGACCCGGUAAAUGGACUGACCAGUGCGAGGGCAGCAGAGUUUCUGAGGUUCUAUGGGCACAACGCCCUCACGCCCGGAACACAGUACGGCUGGCCUAAAGUACUUAUAAAAUCGAUGUGUACAGGAUUCUCUGUAUUAAUUUGGCUCGGCGCCCUGCUGUGUCUGGGCGCAUACCUCCUCGAGGCGUCCUCCAAACCGAACCCGAGCCGCGACAACUUGUACUUGGGAUGCGUCCUCAUCGCGGUCGACGUGAUUUGUGGCUUUUUCAGCUUCUUUCAGAACUACAAAAGUUCGAAGAUAAUGAAAACGUUCAACAGCAUGAUUCCCACUUACGCCCACUGCACUAGAGACGGCGUGCUAAACUUGGACACCAAUGUCAGGGACCUCGUGAGAGGAGACCUAGUACGCGUGCAGGCUGGGAACAUAGUGCCUGCUGAUAUUCGGAUCAUAGACAGUAAAGGGUUCAAAGUAGACAACUCAUCCCUAACAGGCGAGUCUGUAGCAGUAUGCCGCAGCAACUCCGAAGGCACUGCCAACAUACUAGAAUCCCCGAAUGUCGCCUUCUUUUCUACGCAAUGUGUCGAAGGUUGGGCUACAGGUAUCGUCAUGUGCACUGGUGACCUAACGGCCUUAGGUCGCGUAGCCGGCCUAGCCACCAGGAUCCAGCCGAAACCGUCCCCCCUGUCCCAGGAGAUAUCCCGGUUCAUGCGCUACAUGUGCAUCUGGGCGCUGGGCUUGGGCGUAUUCGUGGCGUGUGCGUCCCUGGCGCUGGGGUACCAGUUCAUGCAGACCAUCAUAUUCGUUAUUGGAAUUAUUGUGGCUAAUAUUCCGGAAGGAUUGCAACCAACAGUGACAGCAUCGCUUACUCUAACCGCCCAGCACAUGGUCAAGAAGAACUGCCUGAUAAAGAACCUAGACGCCAUUGAAGCCUUGGGGGCGUGCACUACCAUUUGCUCAGACAAAACCGGUACCCUCACUGAGAAUAAGAUGUGCGUGUACGAUGUGUGGACGUGGAACAAAACUCUGACAGUAUCAGAUACGUUUGAUGAUGCGAUACGCAACAAUCAAGCUUACCCGGCUCUAAUAAGAUGUGGAGCCCUAUGCAGCAGAGCCACGUUCAAGCCCGACGGCACCAUCAACGGAGACGCUUCAGAGUCCGCCAUCUUGAAUUUCGUCACCAAACAUGGCGAUCCGGUGUCCUUGAGGUCACAGCACCCUAAAGUUGCGGAGAUACCCUUUAACUCUACUUAUAAAUACCAAGUAAGCGUGCACUUGGAUAAUAAAACUUCGAGAUACUUGGUUUUAAUGAAAGGAGCUCCAGAAAUCAUUAUAGCCCGGUGUGACACUAUAUCCACGGAUAAAGACACUAAGUCCUUCACCCGAGAAAUGAAGGAAAGGGCAGACUCAGCUGGAGUAGAAAUGGCCAAAACUGGUAAAAGGAUCCUUGCGUUAGCGGACCUAGUUUUGGAUACUAAUAAAUUUCCGAUGAAUUAUAAAUUCGAUACCGAGGAUAUUAAUUUCCCAGUGGACAAAUUACGCUUUGUAGGAAUUUUGGGACUAAUGGAUCCGCCAAGAAAAGAGGUGCUGUCAGCGAUACAGCGCGUGCGCGCAGCUGGAGUCCGCGUAAUGAUGGUGACAGGGGACCACCCAGAGACCGCGCGCGCGGUGGCUGGUGAGGUCGGCAUCGCUACAGCAUCCUCGUGCCACGUGAUCACGGGCGCUGAGCUCCGUGGCAUGACGCCCGACCUGCUUGACUGGACAAUCGAUAAAUACUAUGAGAUUGUAUUUGCACGAACAUCGCCCACUCAAAAGCUGCAGAUAGUAGAAGCAUGCCAGCGGCGCGGUGGUAUUGUAGCGGUAACAGGCGACGGCGUCAAUGACGCGCCGGCGCUACGCCGCGCGGAUAUCGGCAUAUCCAUGGGCAUCACAGGUUCACAAGUAUCGAAACAAACAGCUGACAUAAUUUUGAUGGAUGACAACUUCGCGACCAUCGUCACUGGAAUAGAGGAAGGACGGAAAAUAUUCGACAAUUUAAAGAAAUCCAUUUGUUACAUACUCAUUUCAAAUGUCCCGGAAAUCUUCCCCGUGCUAAUGUUUAUUUUGUUUUCAAUACCUCUGCCAUUGGGAGUAAUGACCAUUUUAUGCGUGGACCUGGGCACGGACAUGUGGCCCGCCGUCUCCCUGGCGCACGAGCGCGCCGAGUCCGACGUGAUGGCGCGGCCGCCGCGCAGCGGCCAGCAACUCGUGUCCGGCCGUAUGCUGCGACUUGCUUACGGACAUCUCGGCUUAAUCGAGGUGGCUGCUGGAAUGUUCGCCUACUUCGUGGUUAUGGCAGAACAUGGAUUCUUCCCUGAUGUUCUAUUUGGCAUACGAAGCGACUGGGACAACGAAGCCGUGAGCGACCUCCAAGACUCCGUGGGCCAGGAAUGGACGUACGAGGCUCGCAUGGGCGUGCAGCGCGCCAGCCAGGCCGCGUACUUCGUCGCUGUCGUCAUUACGCAGAUGAUGAACGGCAUCAUUUGCAAGACGAGAUACAACUCCAUUGCUCACGUUGGCAUGAAAAACAAGGUGCUGAAUAUGGGUCUCGUGGUAGAGCUACUCGUAGCCUGCCUAGUGUGCUACUGUCCGGGCAUCAAUAACUUUUUCAGGGCAUACCCUUUACAUCUACGAUGGUGGUUCUUGGCGGUCCCAUUUGCAUUGUUUAUGUUUAUUUUCGACGAAUUCAGAAGAUACUGUAUAAGAAGAGAAUUAUUUGGUGGAUGGUUCAAUAUGCUCACGUACUACUAAACAGCUAAGUUAAAAAUUACGUAUUUUAAGUUGAUAGGCAUACGAAGGUUUUAUAGGAAAAUAAAAACAAAAUAUUCAAGACAUGAGCCAUUUUACUUGCCACGCUUUUGAUCCCACAAUGAUACUCCUUUUACCUUUAGUCAUAUGUAUCUAAACUAAUUAAAUGAGCAAUAAUAAACACAUAACUCAGGUCACUAUAUAACUAAGUCAAAGGUAUACAAUGAUAAUAACGCUGCUACCGAUUAAUUAUAUCAACCGCGUACCUACAAGUCAAAGAGCGGUGCGCAUGCGCACCGGACGCGUAGAUAUGAACACGUGCAUCACUGGCCCAGCCGGUAUCAUCCAAGCAUCAGCACGGGAAGCAUGGACGCGCGAUAGACGAUAAAAUAG